AGAAAAACACCGAACGAGGUCUCGCCGAUCUAAUCUCCCACACACACACACGAGCACACGACACACGACGGCGCGGCGGGGCACGCCUGCUACGUCCGUACUUCGCUGGUCGCCGUCCACAGUUCCACCCAGCGAGCGUCCUCCUUCACCGGCCUCUCUCUGCCGUCGACGCCUCGCCCCUCCUUGCUCACCAAUUCUCAUCUGCGGAGCCGCCUAAAGAGAACGAGCGGCCGCUCCGGCCACCGGCUAGAUCUGCAGCACCAUCACUCCACCAGCCCACCCCCGUGAUCUACCUGCUGUCGCCGGCCCUCUCUCCCUCUGCAGCACCACCAACUGAGGUGGAGUUCAACAGCUCACAUUCCUACAUCUUUGGAAAUGCAUCCCCAUCUAACCCUACACAGGCAUCCUAUGUGUGCUGAGAUUAUUGAAGAAUUCCAGAAGUGCCAUGUGGAUCACCCCAUCAAAAAAUUCUUUGGUGAAUGCACGGAUCUUAAGAUUAAGCUUGAUCGAUGCUUCCGGCAGGAGGUUCCCUUCUCAACUCUGUGCUACCCAUGGAAGCUACCAGCAAUAGGACCGCAUGAGUAGGCCUGGCCGCCUAGGCGUUGCAGGCGCGGUGGAUUUCUGCUGAUGGCGAGCUACUCAUUCCCAGCAGUUCUGACGCCAACUACCUCGAGCCAUUCCCAACCACGCUCAUCCCUCUGUAAGUUCCGUGUUUCUCCUUUCAGACCCAAAUGAGUUGUUCAGUUUCUUGGAGCAGAGAUGUGUGAUCGGUGCAAUUGUAUGGUUGGGACCAUGGUCUCUCGUCCUAAACAUGUUUAGAAACGAAUUGGUUGUGGGUCUGCAAAGUACCUCGUGAAUUGUGGAUUUGACCUUGGUGAAAUUAUUGAGAUCCAUCCCGUCGGGUGUUACCAGAUUUUCUGUUCAA